UGAAGUUAUUUUUUUAUUAAGCUUCAAAGCACUUAUUUAUACAGCUAGCUUAAAACAGAAAAAUAUAAAAAUAGCAACAAACUUGCUACCUAUAGAUAAUUCCUAAAGAAUAGAAACAACCAACAAACUUCCUAAGGAAUAGGUAAAUCUUCCACAUGACUAACUUAUUUGACUACUUCCACUUCAAUCUACUCAGCUGCAUGUCAACAGCUCCUAUGACAUGUCAUUCAACACUUACAAUCCUUAGUGGAUUGAUUCACACAUAACUACUCAUAUUUCGUACACAAUACAAGGAUUCUAUAAAAUCCAAAUAAGAACUUAAAUCCAAUACUUUGACGACCUCCUUCGUCUUCCAUUUCCCCAUCCUCUGCUUCUCCUUCAUCUUCUUCCAUUUGUUUUUUCAGUCCCCAUCUGGGGUGGAAUCCGAGUAAGAAUUGGAGGUGAGGUUGAUGGGAGUGCACCUCGGUGAAGCCACUGGGACUUUGAUCUUCUCUUCAUUUCUUUGUCUCAUAGGCGUCUCUCUCUGUUGCUUCCAAUGAGAAUUAUAGUCUUUUUGUGGCUCUUCUUCUUGCCCUUGUGCUCAGUCUUGUUUGGGAUCAAUAUCGCUUUGGUGUCUGGUGAAUGUCUUGGUGGUUCGAGGCUGUGUCUGGAGGAUGAGAGGUCGUUGCUGCUGCAGCUGAAGAACAGCCUCAAAUUCAAACCUAAUGUGGCGGUGAAACUAGUGACGUGGAAUGAAAGUGUGGGUUGCUGUUCUUGGGGAGGUGUAAACUGGGACGCCAAUGGUCAUGUUGUCUGUCUUGAUCUGAGUAGCGAAUUGAUUUCUGGGGGAUUCAAUAACUUCAGUAGUCUUUUCAGUCUUCGAUAUCUCCAGAGCUUGAAUUUGGCCAACAACAGCUUCAAUUCUUCUCAAAUUCCAUCUGGAUUCGGUAAGCUUGGCAAUUUGGUUUACCUGAAUUUGUCGGAUGCUGGCUUUUCUGGGCAGAUUCCGAUUGAGAUUUCCCACUUGACAAGGUUGGCUACUAUCGAUCUGUCUAGCAUUUAUUACCUUACUGGUAUCCCUAAGCUGAAACUUGAGAACCCAAACCUGAGAAUGUUGGUUCAGAACCUCAAGGAGCUAAGAGAACUCCAUCUUAACGGUGUGAACAUAUUGGCCCAGGGAAAGGAGUGGUGCCAGGCCUUAUCAUCUUCAGUGCCUAAUCUCCAAGUGCUGAGCUUGUCCAGCUGUCAUCUUUCAGGCCCUAUCCAUUCUUCCUUGGAGAAGCUUCAGUCUAUCUCAACGAUUUGUCUGAAUGACAACAAUUUCGCCUCACCAGUUCCAGAAUUCCUAGGAAACUUCUCAAAUUUGACACAAUUGAAGCUUAGUUCUUGUGGAUUAAAUGGAACAUUUCCAGAAAAGAUCUUUCAGGUACCAACCCUCCAGAUUCUUGAUUUGUCAAACAACAGGUUACUUGAGGGUUCUUUGCCAGAAUUCCCUCAGAAUAGAUCUCUAGAUAGCUUGGUGCUCAGUGAUACAAAAUUUUCAGGGAAAGUACCCGACUCCAUAGGCAAUCUCAAGAGGUUGACUAGGAUAGAGCUUGCAGGUUGCAAUUUCAGUGGGCCAAUCCCAAACUCCAUGGCCAACCUUACUCAACUGGUUUACAUGGACUUGUCUGGGAAUGCGUUUUUUGGUCCAGUCCCAUCUUUUAGUUUGUCCAAGAAUCUAACCCGAAUAGACCUUUCUCAUAAUCAUUUAGCAGGUCAGAUUCUUUCCUCUCACUGGGAUGGUCUUGAGAAUCUAGUGACUCUUGACUUGCGUAACAAUUCACUGAAUGGAAGUCUCCCAAUGCACCUGUUUUCCCUCUCAUCACUGCAGAAGAUACAACUAAGCAACAACCAAUUUUCUGGUCCCUUCAGUGAAUUUGAAGUCAAGUCUUUUUCUGUAUUGGACACCCUUGAUUUGAGUAGCAACAAUCUGGAAGGGCCAAUACCUGUAUCCCUCUUUGAUCUCCAGCAUCUUAACAUCCUUGACCUUUCUUUCAACAAAUUCAAUGGUACUGUUGAACUAAGCAGCUAUCAGAAACUUAGGAAUCUUUUCACUCUUAGUCUUUCGUACAACAACUUGUCCAUCAAUGCAAGUGUUCGUAAUCCCACUUUGCCUCUGCUGUCGAAUCUUACCACAUUAAAAUUGGCUUCUUGCAAGCUCAGAACAUUACCUGAUCUUAGCACCCAGUCAGGAUUGACAUAUUUAGACCUUUCCGAUAACCAAAUUCAUGGAACCAUACCUAAUUGGAUUUGGAAGAUUGGUAAUGGAUCUCUUAUGCAUUUGAAUCUCUCUCAUAAUUUACUGGAGGAUCUGCAGGAACCUUUCUCUAAUUUUACUCCUGAUCUGUCCUCCCUUGACCUACAUUCCAACCAGCUCCAUGGCCAAAUCCCAACUCCUCCCCAAUUUUCCAGCUAUGUGGAUUACUCAAACAACAGUUUCAACUCUUCCAUCCCAGAUGAUAUUGGUAUUUACAUGUCCUUCGCUCUUUUCUUCUCUCUUUCGAAGAAUAACAUCACUGGAAGUAUUCCUAGAUCCAUCUGCAAUGCAACUUACCUGCGAGUUCUUGAUUUUUCUGACAACACUUUGAGUGGCAAAAUACCCUCAUGCUUAAUUGAGAACGGGAAUCUUGCGGUGCUGAAUCUAAGGAGAAACAAGUUUAGUGGCGCUAUACUUUGGGAAUUUCCAGGUGAGUGUCUUUUACAGACCCUAGAUCUCAAUAGAAAUCUUUUACGAGGAAAAAUUCCGGAGUCUCUGGGCAAUUGCAAAGCCUUGGAGGUUUUAAAUCUUGGGAACAAUCGGAUGAAUGAUAACUUUCCUUGCUGGUUGAAGAACAUAAGCAGUUUGCGUGUUCUUGUUCUGCGAGCCAACAAAUUCCAUGGACCCAUUGGAUGUCCCAAGAGUAAUUUUGAAGGGGAUAUACCAGAAGUAAUGGGGAACUUCACAUCACUCAAUGUUCUCAACUUAUCGCAUAAUGGUUUCACAGGCCAAAUCCCAUCGUCAAUAGGGAAUCUGCGACAACUUGAGUCAUUAGACCUCUCGCGAAACUGGCUGAGUGGAGAGAUACCUACACAACUUGCCAACCUAAAUUUCCUUUCAGUCCUGAACCUCUCCUUCAAUCAAUUGGUGGGAAGCAUCCCUACGGGCAAUCAAUUGCAAACAUUUUCAGAAAAUUCCUUCCUGGGUAACAGAGGAUUAUGCGGCUUCCCCCUAAAUGCAAGUUGCAAAGAUGGUACACCACAGACGUUUGAUGACAGGCACUCAGGUUCCAGGAUGGAGAUUAAGUGGAAAUACAUAGCUCCUGAAAUUGGAUUUGUGACAGGGUUAGGAGUCGUGAUCUGGCCUCUCGUGUUAUGUAGGAGAUGGAGGAAAUACUACUACAAACAUGUUGAUGGAAUUCUUUCAAGGAUUCUCCUUGGGCAAGACCAAGGAAGAGCAAAUGGUGGAAGAAGAGCUCACAGAAUUCGGCGGCGGAGAAUGUAGCAGUGGUGAAGAGGGAUGUGGCUACUAGUAAAAGCGUCAUUCCGUGUGUUAAAUGUAAUUCUGGCUUGCUUUUUCAUAAAACAAUCAUAGGAAUUAGAUUUUCAAAGUAAUAUUACUCUUACCUUUUAGUGAUGCAAAUAUUAAGGUCUCUAAAAUAUUAUAUAUUUUAAUAGUUU